ACUAGUGAUGCUGAUCUUCCUAUAUAAGACCUUACAUAUGACAUAUCAUUUAACAGACAAAUUCUGUUCGUUGUGGUGGAAACAAUAUGAAGUCGAAGUCUCUCUAUUUACCGGUCUUGAUUGUGGCAUUUCUUCUUGCCUCUGAAAUGCCAAAAGUCCAUGGACUGCUAGGAGUGAUAAACCGAGCAGGAAGUGGAGUAACUUAUCUGUUAAGAAGUACAGCAGACGUUAUUGAUUCUGUUCUAAUAAAACCCACUCCACCGAAGCCAUCUACUUUGGAAUACACAAUAAAAAUGGUUGUUCCUCUAGCGAUACCCAAGGAUGACGGAAAGACCAAAGAGACUUCGCGUAAACCAAAUACCAUCGAUAAUGACAAAGGGAAGAGUAACUCGACGAAGAGUCACAAAAGCGAAAGUGGUGAAAACAAAAAUUCUUCGACUGAUACUACUACUGAAGAUAAAGAGAAGAGUAACUUGAAGGAGAAUAAUAAAAGCGACAGUGGUGACAACAAAAGCUCUGGCGCGAAAGAUCCUUCCACAGAUACCACCGAUUAAGAUAAAGAGAAGAGUAACUCGACGAAGAAGGGAAAAAAUUUCACAAAAAAAAUGUAAAUGUGAAAGGAAAAAUAAAUGAGUUGAAAUAAUUGAGGUUUAAAUACAAAAAUGUA